AUGGCCGAUGAUAAGAGUAGGAAACAGGCUACCCUGGGGAGAUUUUUCGGCUCGGGCGUGAACCAACCACCGAAGAAGCAAACCACAUUAGCUUUCGGCGGCAGAAGACAAGCAGCAAGCAGUGACGUUGCUGACGCGGAGGCCAAGGAUACUACUGACGGAGCUAAGGUGGAGGACGCCACCGACUCAGCACCAACUGCUACCCUCAAUGGAACAGAGCCAACGAACGGUGUGAAGCGGGAAAAGAGCGCCGAGGCGGAAGAAAGCGAUGGUUCCGAUAUUCAGCCUGUCUCUAAAAGGCGACGAAAGGCCUCUGCGAUGACCUCUCCAGCUGCCAAGAAGCAAUCGGAAUCCCCGAAGAAACCCGAGCCUACAAAGCCAAAGGUUGAAUCGCCAUCACCAAAAUCAGUCAUGAAAAAACCUGCCGAUGUUACUCCCGAAGAGAAGUCACCGUCAGCAGAAGAAGAGGAGGACCCAUUGGAAAGCGAAGAUGAAGAUGACCUCAAGCCAGAGCUCACGAAGAAAUCAAUCCAAAACUUCCAAGCCAAAUUGAAAGGCAGUGGCAAAGAUCCAUACCCAGACUGGAAAGCAGGCGCUCCUGUUCCUUAUGCUGCGUUAUGCACUACAUUUUCUUUGGUAGAAAUGACCAGAAAGCGCUUGGAAAUCACGGACCACUGUUCUCUUUUCCUCCGCCAGGUUCUUCGCCUGACCCCUGCCGAUUUCCUACCCACUGUUCAGCUGAUGAUCAAUAAACUGGCUGCCGACUAUGCCGGAAUUGAACUGGGCAUUGGAGAGUCACUGAUCAUGAAAGCUAUCGGUGAAUGUACCGGCCGCAGCCUUGCCGUCAUCAAAGCCGAUCAACGGGAAAUCGGAGACCUGGGACUGGUCGCUGCCAAAAGUCGGUCAAACCAGCCUACGAUGUUCAAGCCCAAGCCUUUGACUGUUCGGGGUGUACAUGAAGGCCUGCUUGGAAUUGCCAAAGUUCAGGGCCAUGGAUCUCAGGACAAAAAAAUUUCUGGCAUCAAGAAACUGUUGGCUGCAGCUGAUGCCGACCUUGUUGGCAAAGGAGUGGAUAUCACCGAGAACAAGGGCGGUCCCAGCGAAGCCAAAUUUAUCGUUCGGUUUUUGGAAGGUAAACUGAGACUAGGACUCGCAGAGAAGACAGUUCUUGUCGCUGUUUCUCGGGCAGUCCAGACUCACGAGGCUGAGUCAACCGGCAAUAAGAUCCCGUCUGCAGAGCAAAUGGCGGAAGGUGAAAACAUCUUCAAGGCUGUUUACAGUGAGCUUCCUGCCUACGAAGUAAUCAUUCCUGCUGUUCUUGAGCAUGGUCUCCUCAAGCUGCCUGAAGUGUGCAAGCUUUCUCCCGGAAUUCCUAUCAAACCCAUGCUUGCCAAACCAACUAAAUCUAUAACCGAGGUUCUUGACCGGUUCGAAGGGAAGGAGUUUACUUGCGAAUAUAAAUACGAUGGAGAAAGAGCACAGAUCCAUUUUGUGUCUCCGGAUUCUAUCCACCAGUAUCCUGGAGCCUUGGUCACAUUACAGAAGGACAGCAAGGGACUCUCCUCAAUCUUCUCCCGCAACUCGGAGGACCUAUCGAAGAAGUAUCCCGAUGUUCUAGGCAAGCUUGACACGUGGGUUAAAUCUGACGUUAAGAGCUUUGUUCUUGAUUGCGAGACUGUCGCAUGGGAUACAGAGGCCAAAAAGGUUCUUCCAUUCCAGCAACUGAUGACUCGCAAGCGCAAAGAUGUCAAAGCGGAAGAUGUCAAAGUUAAGGUCUGCGUGUACGCCUUUGAUCUUCUUUUCUUUAAUGGAGAGCCUUGUGUGAAGAAGUCUCUACGGGAACGACGAGAGCUUAUGCACCAAUGCUUCCAACCGGUUGAGGGGGAGUUCCAGUUUGCCCAAUAUGGCAACUCGAAUGUCCUCGAUGAGAUCCAAGAAUUGCUCGAGGCCAGUGUUAAGGCUUCUUGUGAGGGCCUUAUGGUGAAGAUGCUGGACACAGCAGAGAGUGGCUACGAGCCAAGUAAGCGGAGUCGCAACUGGCUAAAGGUCAAAAAAGAUUACCUCGCCGGCGUUGGUGACUCCCUUGAUCUUGUCGUGCUUGGGGCCUACUACGGUCGUGGAAAACGUACUUCAGUUUAUGGUGCCUUCCUUCUCGCUGCCUAUAACCCCGGCAGCGACACAUAUGAGACCAUAUGUAAUAUCGGCACUGGCUUCUCCGAGGUGCUACUUGAAGAGCUACACCAGACACUAGUUCCUCUAGUAAUUGACCGCCCAAAGCCAUUUUACACUCACUCGGCCGUCCCCAAGGACCAACCGGAUGUCUGGUUUGAGCCAAGACUUGUGUGGGAAGUGAAAACAGCCGACUUGACCCUCAGUCCACGCUACCAAGCCGCUGCUGAUGAGUUCCAAGGAAAGGGCGUGUCUCUACGUUUCCCACGGUAUAUAAAAUCCCGCGACGAUAAGAAACCAGACGAGGCUACCACCACCCGUGCUGUGGCGGAGAUGUAUCGGAAACAAGAAGCAGUCACCAAGGAUACUAAGGGAGGUGUGGAUGAUGACUUUGAGUAUUGA